AUAUUGCAUGUAAGAUCCACAACCACCACACAACUCGUAAUAUCCAGCUCUCAUUAUAAGAAAAAUGGGGAAACUUUCAGUAUUCGCCAUAGCUGUUCUUGUCUUAGCUUGCUCUCUUCCUAUCAUCAUUGCCUCCGACCCAUUCGACGUCUACAAACUUUCCCACCGGUUUGGCGAAUACCGCGACAUAUUAUUUGACUAUUACAAACUCUCCCUGGAAUGGCCAAAAUCGGUGUGCAACACCGGUGGUAGUGAGGAAUGUGAAACACCCAUUAAACGCUACUUCACCAUCCACACUCUGCAGCCUUACUAUCUCCCUGACAAUUAUGUUCCUCCCUUCAAUGAAAGUCGCUGCAAUUCCGUCCGUCCAAGUCCGGCAAAAAGAAUAACAGCUGCGUACUUAAGGAGGUAUGGAAUUCUAGAUGACAUGGUGAAGUAUUGGCCAAAUCAAUAUGGUUACUCCGACAUUGAGAAGAACUUGGAGUUUUGGCGUUAUCAAUGGAGCGGAGCUGGAAUGUGUUCAUCAUAUCCUGUCUAUCCUGACUUUUACUUCAAGGUUGCCUUAACUUACAUUAAAUCAAUUGAUCUGCUACAUAUCCUCGCGUUGUCAGGUAUUCAUCCCAACAAUGAGAAAUACGAAGCAAGUGCAUUUGCAAAGGCCAUUGGAGAAGAGCUGGGAGUGAAGGUUCAAAUCCGCUGCAACAAGGACGCCAAGAACGUUACGCAAUUCUAUGAGGCCUUCCUAUGCAUUGACAGACUCAACUUUCUUGAGUCAUGCUCAGAAACCAAAUACUAUGGCUGUUCCGAGACUGAGAAGAUACAGUUCCCUUCGGUGGGGCUGGUUUGAGGAGAAAAGUUGAUGUAUGGAGCAAUAAAUAAUGUCUUGGUUGCUGUUUGUCUUUGUGGGUUACGUAUUAAAUAUAAGCGUGCAUGUGGGGUUGUGGCUAGUAACUCUUUGUGAGUUAUUUUGAUGCCAUGAAUCAAUAUUAUCUAAAUAAAAUGUGCGCUACUAUUUCCUACAACAAA